AUGGAUAUGGUGCAGCUGGAAGAGGAGGAGGUCGGCGACGUGGAGGUGGAGUAUUGUCGUAAGCAGGGGCCGGGGCGACGAUGCUUGCCCUGGUGCUCAGAUGAUGAUGAUGAUGAUGAUGAUGAUGUAUGGCAUGAGGCUAUGAUAGGACUGCUAGUUGAUCACGAGCGUGCGGAGGUGAGCCUCAAUUCUAAGGUGGGUGUUCAGGUUGGUGACAGGCAUGCAAUGGCCAGACGUAUGGGCGAUUGGGUGAAGGUGACGGAGGUUGGCGAGUAUGCAGGCACCCCUGAAGACAUAGUUAGUUUCCGAACCUAUGCGGCCAAGAGGAACAAGGAUGAGUUGGGGCUGCUGCAGCCUAGUCAGAAAGUGCGUGAAUUGAAAGUGAGGAAGGUGAAGCUGCCGGUCAAGCUUCCCAAGCCGCCCAACAAAGGCAAGGGUGGCAAGGGGAGAUCCGUCAGUCCGUCGCCCUUGAAACCACCGGACCCAACACCUGAUGCUAGAGCAGCGUCGCUGACGAGGACGGGCAAAGAAGGCGUGGUUUUGGAAGAGGUCGACAUCGAGCCGACAUGGCGCAACAAGACGGUUCAAGGAGGGGCAUUUGAUCAGCAGCACAGUGACUUGGUGGAAGCGGGCGAAAAGCUACUCGAAUCUCGCAAUGCUUGGGCCCUGCCUGUUGAGGAGGACCAUGUUGCUUCCUUUCGUGAAUCUAUACGACUCAUGAAGGAUGCCCUGAAGCGUAGCGAGGAAGCGCAACAGGCUUUUCAAAGUGCAGAGGCGGCUGGCGAGGAGAUGCCGGUGGCCACGCUCUCAUGCGCCAUGGCAUUUAACGGAGCAAUACAAGUUGCUCCAGAAGUGGUAGGUUUCGGUGCAGGCUUCACCACUCCUCAACGAGCUGGGACUUGCUAUGCGAAAUGCGUUUUCCUGGCCUUACGGACCUUGCUGGCCGAGUUCGGAGUUCCAAAGAGAGUGCGAAGGCAUUUGAUGUUCAACAUGAGGCUCUACUUCUUGGAGAACAUGGUCAAAGACCUGGACACCACGUCCCGGUCAUCAGAACUCACCACCAGCGAUCGCAUUGUUUUGACUGUGGCAUUGAAACAGGUCGCACGAAGAUGUGUGCGGGAUGAAGACUUGGCCAAAGCAGUGACUCGUGCACACAUGUGCUUGCACAAGAUUUGGUUGGCAGCUCCUCCCAUGCGAUGGCUUGGGCUUUUGGCACGAGAGCCUUCAGAUUGGGCUCCAGUCACCAUGGAGUUUCAAGGAAACUCGGGCUUUGGUGGCUUCAGGAUGGAGUUUCUAUCGGCAUUGGUGCCUCCAGAUGUUCGAACUGCUUUUGCAGGCCCCACCUCAUCUAAAGCAUCAAACCCGCAUGUGGAUUUGACAGGAAUUGCCUCUGCAGAGGCGGCGGCGGGUGGUCCCUCCUUGGAAGCGUUGACCCAAGCAUUGCUCAUGUGCGAAGCUGAUCGCUUGGAGGAAGUGCUGAAGUGCUCGCGUUUGUCCAAACGUUUGAUUUGCGGAGUGGUGGAGUCUUUGGUCUUCGAGAGCCGCGCCUUGUGGACCAAAGACUUCUCAGCGCUCAAAGGGAAAGAUUUCCUUCGAAGCCUCCAUCGUUUGGGUGCCCAUUACUUGGCAGCACUUCGUUCAUCAUCAUUGGGUCGAAGUGCAAGUGCUACAGCUGUGCUGGUCAUGGCAUCUUUGUUGGAAUUAUUUGAAGUAUUGCUUUGCAACAUGGAUGGCCCCUUGUCCUCGGUGAUGAAACGAAAAGGCCCCCUUUUCUCUCUGCAACCCUGGGAAAAGCCGGAUGGUCGGCCAUCCACCUUUGCAGAUCUUACUGCUUGGUUGCCUAUGUUGUCACCGGCUGCCUGCUCCUUGGCUUUGCUUUUGAAUUGCCUACAAGACACAGCGCUUGUUUUUGGACCUCCUGAGUCUGAAGAAUCUGAAGUGAGUGGUGUGGGCAACAGCAUCCUGGAGAUUGUGAGGGACCUUCGGGAUGCUAUGGGGAAGACCUGCCAAGCGCCCAAAUCCUUGAUGCGCGUGGACCGACCCUAUCAGGAAUGGGAAAUGGAUUUAGCCUUGGCUUUUGACAACAAUCUUCAAUGCCUCGAGUGGGAACUAGUGCGUGAUUUGGCAAUUUUCUACCAGAUGACACUGGCCAGUGUGCCUAGCCUGGUUUCUGCCUUGGAUGGCGGGGCCACAGCGCCCGUGGACCACGUUUUGAGUGCCAAUGAGGUUGCGAAGAUGGACUUCACGGUUAAUCUCUUCAACCCACCGACAAAGAUGACAGUGCAGAUUGGAAGCCCUUGCACUUUGCUCCAGAGGCACCCAAAUAAGGUCUAUACACAAGCCUCCCUGACGCAUCUCAAGCUACUCUGCCCUGCACUGCCGUAUUUGCGGUUUGGCUUGGCCAUGGAAAAUGAGAUUCUCUCAACGCCUGUUCUGCCAGACUUCGACUUUUCCCUGACCCAGCACCAAGCAGAGUCGCUGCUUUCCAUCUUGAAUUGCCCAGGUUUGCGCAUACCUUUGCUCCUGCAAUUCCUCAUCCCCAACCACAUCUCACUUCUGCAUCAUCGUCGCUUCCAACGUAUAUUUUUUUCUUGCCUCUUCGAGCCCGGCUGCUAUGGCACCAACUUCCCCACGGAUUGGAAAAUCCCAGUAAUCGACCAACUUUCAGUGGAGUUGGGAUGGUUACAUCAAGAACUCCUACGAAGCCCUCAUUUGUUGCUUCCCUCGCUGAAUCAACUCUUUGAAGCGAUGAAAGAUUUGGGCCAUGGAGAAUUCAAUGGGCCUUUGGUGCAACCUUUUCUUUUUGUGGUGCACAUUGCGCUUCUCUUGCAAGACUACAUGCAACAUGCAAAGGCUGUUGCGGAAGAAAACGCUAGACUCUGCUUGGAAGAGCAUGCCAAGCUCUUCCGCCGCUUCACGCAGAAGUUCGCAAGAAAAGUUUUGGCACGAUGGAUCCAUCAGGCAAAUCUGGCGAAGAAUUACGAGGUUUUGAUGCAGUGCCAUGCUCACCUGGCCAUGACCGCUUGGCCUCUCACGCGGAUGGAAGACGAUGACACGCAAAGCUUGGCUGUGGCGUCUUGUACCUUCAGCUUGUGGAGUGAAAAGAUUGGGGAUGUGGCGAAUGUGGAAUGCCCUGGGGACCAAGCAGAUAUGGUACACUUGGUCUUCAGUGCGUUAAGUCGACACCGAGUGCUUUUAUUGAAGGCUGUGGAACAAGGUGAUGAGAGCGAACGGAACAAAUACUUCAGCUUCAUCCUAGGUGGUGCUUUGGGGAGUGAGCGCAUGCCUUCUCUCGUUUGGCGCGCUGCUGAACAGACUCCAAAGGUGUGCUACCGAAUCUGCGAGACGCAGCAUCCCAUCACCUCCGAGGAUUUCAAGCCCAAAGUCGUGCGACUCCCCAAGGCUUCGCGGAUCAUUCUGCGCUUCGACCCACUUUGCCAAGUGGAGACCGGGGAUUUUGUGAAAGUCUAUGCUGGAGACAAAGAGAUCUCAUCCAAGUUGGUGUGGAGAGGGAGUCGGCAUGACGUCGCCAAAUCCGGAUGGCCAGGAGUGGAUGCUCCUGGCUUAGUCAUCAACAGCGACUCGUUCCGGAUCUCCUUGGAGCGUGUCAUGGCCUUCCGCAGCGACGGCGACACGGCUUACGGCUUCCGCGUGACCGCCGAGGCGGAGUUGUCGCCGGAGGCCGUCGCUUCCAUGCAGAAGGCCGUGGCUUCCGUGCCAUCCGAAGCGAAGCCUUCGAACUUCGUUUGCGCCUCCAUCCUCUCGGAGGUGGGUGGUGAUGUCCAGGAGGCGGUGAAGGACUACAAGCGGCAUGACGUGCGGCAGAAGUGGGAAGAGCUUGAGAGCCUAAGUGAGGCGCGGAAGCAGCAGCUGGGCCUUGGCUCGGGUGGCUGCUUUGUGGCAUCGGCAGCAGAGGAGGCGGAUUCCUGGCUCACAGGAGCUCGUGUGGACUUGGGAAUGGCCAACAUCAGCUUUGAGGCCCGUGAAACAUUGCAGCCGAUGCCUUCAGACUGCUUCGAUGAUCCAGACUAUCAAGAAGUCUUGGGGGACCAGCGCCCCAACGUCCUCCCACUCUCAGAGUCCCUUUACGCGCCACCUGAGUUCACGCUGGCCUUGGAGUACGACCGGACGACAGUAAAGCUGGCCAAGGGAGGGGAAGGGGUCCCUUAUGCCUUCCACCCGACGCACAACGCGAGUGGGAUCCUGUGGAGAGGCCAGACGUGGGCUGAGUUGAAAGUGGCCGACCUACCCAAGCAUUUGAGAACCCAUCAUGAAGGUGCAGGAAGUGCAGUUUUUGCGGCCCUCCUUUCUACGCCACCAGCGGAUCCUUCACUUCUGAAUAAGCCGGAGCCAUGGUAUUGCAGAUUUGCUGGCGAAUGGUGGAAAGGGGCUCGUUGGUACAGCCAACCUUCUUCACCCACACUUGGACUUGCACGCACGAUUUGUGUUUGCGAAGUGCAAAUCAGCAGCAUUCGGGCAGUGACUUCUUUCUGGUUGGAGUUCGAAUCCAUGCUGGGCCAUCCGGACUUCUUGGUUGCCUACCAACUGCAGGAGUAUGGCCGCAGCACCUUGCGAGAAGCUGUUUGGACCUCGUUGCGGCGGCAAUCGCUUUUCAGUGACGAUCCCGAAGAGAUCCAUGAGCUUUUCACUGUGCCCCAGGCCUUGUUGAACCAGGCUGGCCGCCUGAGACCUUUGGAGUUCUACGGGAAGUCCUUGGUCUUAAGGAGCGCUGCCGGGAGCUAUUUGCCGCAGCGCUUCCUGCGGGGCUUGCUGCCUCAAGUGCUUUUGCCACACUUCUUUUUCUGGCAAAUCUCCGAGUCUAGCAUCGAGGGGAGGCCAAGAGACAAGCAGAGCCGUUGGUUCAACUACGUGUUGCACUUGGAGCUUUCGAAUGGCGGGAGCACUGCGCGGGUUUGGCGGGAACAAGGUGAAGGUUGUCAGGAACUGCAGGAUGCGACUCGCUCAUCAGAUCCGAAGCUCUUCCAGUUUGGGCGAGACAUCAGCAGGGUGGAGCCUUUGUCACAUGUCCUUUUUUGGACCGAAAGCGACACCAGUGGCCAAAUCGGUCUGGUGGAGAUGCCCAGGUUGCAGCUUCGCUUCCGCUUCCGUUCCGGCCCCGUUUUGGAGCCUGGGGACGGAGUCCAGGUUCCUGCUUUGGCUUUCAAGAAGAAAUUGUAUUGCGACGCCUUCGGUGGUCAGAUGUACCUGGAUGCCUUUGGCAUCUCAUCCAUUCGCCGAUUGUUGCCAAAUUGCCCGCACUCCUUGCCGCCACACUGCUUCCUUUUGCGCUCUGAAGCUGGCGAUGCGAAGGUUGUGGCUCCCUUGGGUGGCUUAAGAAGACGCCGAUGCUAUCAAGAAGCUUUUGGCAUUGACAUUUACUUGACCAUUUUUGGUGAAGCUUUCUUUACUCCCAUAGCUGCGUAUGAUCUUACAUUGUCCACUGGAACUGACCUGAAAUCUCCCAGCCUCCUCUCUGCACUAUGGCUCCUUUGUUGUCGUCUUCUUCAGCGGGACUAUGAGGGCGCGGCCAAGCUGCUGCCCUUUGUGGCUUCUGCUGAUGGCCUUCUCCGCCACGACGAGCGCCUCGCCUUCCGCAUGGCGCUCCACGUUCGCUUGCGUUUGGUGCAGGCAGUAAUUCGCAAUGAGGGAAUGGAUGCUGACUUGGCAGGGAAGGCUUUCCGGGAUGCUGCGAGCUACAUCUCGCACCUGGCGCAUGUGAGCCAAAGCUGCUGUCUUUCUUUAGAAGAGGAGCUGGAAUUGUGGAACAGUUUGCUUCGCAUGCAGAGCGACAUCGAAUCUGCCAAUCGGUUUAUUCGCUGGAGACGACAUUUGCUGACAGCACGGAAGCAAGGGCAGAAGAUGACGGAGCUGGAAUGGGAACGAAUGGACCCAGGGGCCUGGGUCAGACAUGUUUUGGACCAUGAAGAGCUCGAUUCUUUCAAUUGUUCUAUCUCGGACAUCGACUGCAUUGGACACCCAGCUCUAUGUAUUGGAUACCUUUGUUUUCCUUUUGGGUCCUUUCGCUUUGUUUCGAAGUCGGCGGUAUGUGAAAGGCGGCGUUGGUUUCAGUUUGCUUUGUCUCUUGAGCGGUCUAUGUUUUUCAAUGACAGGAGUUUUCAAUUCUAUGUCUUCCAAUGGUUUCUCCGUUUUUGUUGCAUUGGUCGGCAUCCUGCCCUAGGUUUGAAGAAUGAACCGCUCUUUCAGGCCGAGGCGUCCGACAUGUUGUGGCCAAAGCUUCUGGAGGUGGUGCAGGGCAACAGCAUGAAGGAGGGUGUUUUCAGUACCAUCUUCGAUAUGUGGGAACGUGGCUGUGCUCCCGAGAUGCGUGCUUUGGCCCUCAGGAGAUUUAGAGAAACCCUUCGUGGGUGCAUUUUGCUUGCUACAUGUCAUGCUCAUCUACUGUACGUUUUUUUACCACAGGAAGCUUUGGUCUUCUAA